GCGUCUCUUCGGGCCGCCAUGUCCCGCCCCGUCGACAGCCUCCCGCCGACCGCGCGCUCUAUCGCGCUCCUCCUCUCCUCGACGCCGGGCGUCCAGGACGUCCAGCCAGGCGUCCUCCACCAGCUCCUCGAGUUCUCACACAGGUACACGCAGCAGGUCCUCACCGAUGCCCAAAUGUAUGCCGAGCACGCCGGACGCGCCGGCAAGAUCGAGCUCGACGAUGUCGUGCUCAGCAUCCAAGCGCGUGUAGGCUGGGAGUUUGGCGGUCGCGUACCAAAAGAGUACAUACUCUCCCUCGCGAAUCAAACCAACUCUUUUCCCCUUCCCUCGGUACCCGAAGUGUUUGGCGUCCGGCUACCCUCGGACCCCGAUGAUACCCUCACUGGCAUCAACUUCGACCUUGUCCCCAAUCGUCCACCGCCAGGCGUGAAGAUAUAUGACGAGGAAAUCGAGGAAAUUGAGGAGUCAGAGGAGGAAGAUGAGGCCGUGCUCGAGGCCGAAGAGGAAGACGUUGACAUGGGAGGCACGAAUGCUCAGCCGCAAGCAUCACAACCGCCACCAGAACCCAUGGAGGACUCAGCUCCCUUCCCAAUAUCCGCCUUCGCACCCGCAACACCCGCCGACAUAUCCAUGGCGACUCCAGGCGACGCCGGCAGCGACGCAGGCGAGGACGGCGACCUAUUCGGCGACGAAGGGGAGGCAGAGGACGGUGACCUAUUUGGCGAGGACAAAGCGGGCGAGGAAGGUGGCGGGGAUGACGAAGAUGAGGCGAUGGAGGAAGUCGCGGCGCCGACGACGAACGGUGUGGCACGACAAUUUGUGGAAGAGGACGAUUACGACUAGCGCGCUUGUACUUGUCAUGUAUGUUUUGUAGCUGCUUAUGCUUGCUCAAUGUAUGCAGUGUUCUUACCAAA